AUGUCGAGAAUAUCUUCAAUGGCACGUUUCCGGAACAAUGACAUUGAUUGUAGAUCGGAGGAUGGUAGAACGGUUCCUAAUACACAAAUCAGAUCAUCAUCAUCAACAAGACUCACAGAAUCUCAUCAAGCGCGAAGGAAAAAUUUUUUAUCUAGAAUGGCCUUUGAACAAACAGCUUCAUACGACGAGUCUAUAAGUGGAUUUAUGCGACGCCAGUUUAUUGGUAAUGGUAAAAGACAGUUACCAUUAAAGUACGGAACAACAACAACCCAAGGAGAAGAUAGUAAGUUAUUUGCAGUCCAACAAGAUAUGCCUAUUAAAGUUUUGAAUGGUUCUCCGGGCUAUAUUAAUAUAUUAGAUGGUUUAAAUGCUUGGCAAUUAGUUAGUGAAAUUGCAUAUGCUACAAAUUUACCUGCUGCAGCAUCUUUUAAACAUGUAAGUCCAGCAGGAGCAGCUGUAGGUCAUCCAUUAAGUGAUGCUGAAGCUCAAGCAUGUAUGGUAAAAGAUUUAAACUUAGAUAAAGUUAAACCCAGUUUAGCAGCAGCAUAUGCUAGAGCUAGAGAGCAAUACUGGGUACUUGAAACAAAAUAUAUUCGUAAAAUUCGAAAAAUUAUGGGAGCAGAUAGAAUGUCUUCUUUUGGUGAUUUUAUAGCUUUGUCAGAGAAAUGUGAUGAGUUAACGGCAAAAGUUAUUAAUCGUGAAGUAUCUGAUGGUGUUAUAGCUCCUGAUUAUGAUGAAGCUGCUUUAUCUAUUUUGGCAAAAAAGAAGAAUGGUAAUUAUACUGUAUUAAAAAUAGACCCAAAAUAUUUACCAUCAGAGGAUGAAGUAAGGACUAUAUUUGGUUUAAAAUUAAAACAAAAAAGAAACAAUGCAAUUGUAAAUAAUGAAUUAUUUCAAAAUAUAGUUUCUGAAAAUAAAAGUUUACCAAAAAAUGCCAUUGACGAUUUGAUUGUUGCUACAAUAGCAGUAAAAUAUACACAAUCGAAUUGUGUAUGUUUUGCUUAUAAUGGACAAGUAAUAGGAAUUGGAGCUGGCCAACAAAGUAGAAUUCAUUGUACCAGGUUAGCUGGAGAGAAGGCCGUUAACUGGUAA